GCUACCCAUCAAGACGUCCAUUUACACAAGAUAUACUGUAUCAAGCCGUUCAAUCAGCCAUCGUGCAUAGUUCGGGCGGGCACUGUCGUCCGCCCAGUAGUUUCGAACCUGCUAAUAAUCCCUAACAUUCCUUCUUCAUUUUACACUAGACGAGCACUGUAGCACAGUGACUUUCCUUAGUGGAGGAUCCGGCUGGGGUGGGGCAGAGUUGAGCGCACUCGCGCACCACCGGAGCCUCCCUGCACACAACCUGUUCGACGAAACGCCUCCGAGCUCUGACCCCAUGGCGGAGGCGUCGGGCGACGGGAGCAUGCAAGACAGGAUCAGCGCCCUCCCGGACGAGCUCCUCAUCCAUGUUCUCUCCCAUCUGCGCUCACGCGAAGCUGUGCAGACAUGCGUGCUGGCACGGCGCUGGCGGGACCUCUGGCAGUGGGUGCCCUGCAUCGACGUGUCUUUCAAGGAAUUCGCAGACGUGCCGUAUGAAGAUGAUGAUGAAGACGACUUUGAGUUCAAGAAGUUCGUCAACCGUUUGCUGAUGCUCCGUAGACCCGUUGACCUGGAGGCGUUCCGGCUCGAGUACAGGUUGCCGACCGACACCGAGUACCCUGAAGAUGACUCCGCCGAUGCCAACCUAUGGAUCGCCCAUGCGUUACAGUACAAGGCUCAGGCUGUCAAGGUUGUAGAUUACAACGAUCGUUUGCAUGUCGCUCCUGCGGUAUUCACUUCAGCGUACUUGAAAAGACUGCACAUCUGCCAUGCUUUUCUGCUCCAAGGUUUCUUUAAGCACCUCGACAUGGGCUGCCCAGUAUUGGAGGAUCUAUUCGUAUCGAAUACCAGCAUUCAGCACCGUGAUAUUUUCUCCAAUACACUGAAGUAUUUGACCCUCACUGAUGACAUUAUCCACGGACCUGAGCAUGAUCACCAGCCUUCUAUUUCUGCUCCAAAGCUCAUUUCUCUGUCUGUCGACGGGAGUCCUUCUGGGCCCAGGCUACCUAUACUAAAGAACAUGACAUCUCUAGAGACGGCGUCAAUCGUACUUGUACGGGGGUUAAUCAGUAAUUGUAAUGCUGAUGAUAUCAAGCAGUUUCUUGGAGAGCUCUCUCAUGUUAGAAGUUUGGACCUCUGUUAUGGCGUCGAAAAGGUGGAGAUUGAAAAGAAUUACAGAUGGUGCCCAACAUUUCGUAAUCUUACAGACCUGACGCUUCAUAGUUGGUGUGUGCAUGGGGAUUUCUAUGCACUGAUAGUCUUCCUUCAGAACUCACCUAGUCUUAAGAAGCUAACUCUUGAACUAAACGAGCAUUGGUAUGAAAAUGGGGUUAUACGUGCAAUCACUGGCGAGCUGGAGGAUAGAUCAUUUACAUGUGAGCAGCUUGAGAUUGUUGAAAUCAUAUGCUCGGAGGGAAAUGAGCUGCUACCUUGGGUGAAUCAGUUCUUGCUUGAUAGUGGCAUAAGGCCUGAUCAGAUGCGUGUCAUUUAUGAGGACUAAGGCCAAUGGAGGCAUUUGAUGAUUCAGGUCCCACUACAGGUGAAAUUACAUGGAAUCACACAUUGGCAUGUCAUCUCAGGCAAACAUUAUUUCCUAUUGGAUCUAUAUUCGCUCGCUCUGUUUUAGUUGGAAUGAACAUAGCAUGUGUGUUUGCUGCCCUUGCCUUUUUCAUACAGUAGUGAUGAUUUUGAAGCAUGUUCUGCUGAUGGUGAACCAAAAGAAACAUAUGACUUGGAUGUCAUUUUCCUAUGUGGUGCCAUUCUGGUAGAACGUUACACUACAUGAGACGUGCAAAAUUGCUUGUUCUGGUUGGAGUUUA